AACUCUUUCGCGCGGCGGCGCUCGGGCCAGAGUACGGCGACGGUCAACGUGCGCGCUCCCGAGGAGGACUGUGUCUGAGCAGAACGCGCCUGGCUCGCGAUCGUCCCCGCGGACUCGAUCUGCUGAGUAAGUGCCUUAUCGAGUCAGCCUCUCCCCCCGCCAGCAUCCGCAACGGCAUCGCUCGCGUCUCCUCAUCCCGGAGAGUACCACGGUAAACGGCGUCAGCGGCAACCAUGGCUAAAACUGCGAUCGCAUACAAAGAGAAGAUGAAGGAGCUGUCUGUACUCUCCCUCAUCUGCUCUUGCUUCUAUCCCGAGUCCCGCAGCAACCUAGUGUGCGAAUUUGAAGACAUGGAAGUGAAGCCCAUUAACAAACGGACCUCUGGCCAGGCGUUUGAGGUCAUCCUGAAACCUCCGUCGCCCGUGUCUGAUGCAUCCUAUAGCAUUCCCUACCCACCCAAGAAAAGGGACAUGUCACUGGAGGACAUCCAGAAGAAGCUGGAGGCUGCUGAGGACAGGAGGAGAUCCCAGGAGGCCCAGGUGCUUAAGGCGCUGGCAGAAAAGCGCGAACACGAGCGUGACGUCCUGCUCAAAGCUAUUGAGGAGAACAGCAACUUCAGCAAGAUAGCUGAAGAGAAGCUGAACCUCAAGAUGGAGCAGAUCAAGGAGAACCGCGAGGCCUACCUGGCAGCGAUCAUGGAACGUCUACAAGAGAAGGAGAGGCAUGCCGUGGUGGUGCGCAGGAACAAGGAGCUGAGGGAAGAGCUGUUGGCGUGAGCCUGGCCGCCACCACGACCACCACCACCACCACCACCACCCCCAUUCUCCCCCAGCGCCUCGCUACUCCACUCCAGUGCACAAGCCCUGGCUAUCUGGAGGGAGCGGAGGACCAAGGUGCCCCCACGAUAUCAACAUCAUCGACCGAAACAAACGAAACGAAACAAAAAAGUGUUGCACUCCUUUCAGAAGAAUGAGUUGCUUGUUUUCUGACAAAAGUGAACAUGGGUAUCGUUUUGUAAAUAUUUCCUAUUGUGUUAUUUAUAUAUAUAAAUAUAGACAAAUGUAUUGAGCUGUGCAAUUAUGAAUUUUGUUUACAUAUUUAUUUCCAGUUCUCAGAAUCUGCAGCGAUUUGUCUUGUAAUAUGCUUUGGUGUUGUGAGCUGGCAGCUGGCUGAUGUUCCCAGUGUUUUUUGACGAUGAUUAACUGUCUAUGUGUCACUGUUAUGAAUGCAAGAGGAUUAGCGCACCCAGGCUCCAGGUAGAUACAAGCCUUUGGGGGCUGAUAUAGCAUUAAAACACGUAACACGUAACCCUCAUCCCUCCCCGUGUUCUUUCUCUUUCCCUCAAACACACACAUACACACACACACAUCCGUCGCUUCUCACGCCUCCUCCACCACCCUACCCCACCAAUCCUGCGGCUGUUACGCUCUCCUGGGAGGAACUUGGCAAGCCUUGUCCCCAGCCAGAGAUAUUGCACUGAAUGGCUUCCAUCAGUCCUAGAUCUGGGUGUUGUCUUUUCGGAGGGAUGGUUUCUCCAGUCACCUUCAGUCUUCAGACACUACUGCCACCUACUGAUUGAAUGGCACUCAGCGGUCAGUCCCUAGAUCUGUUGAGGAAAACAGGACAAACAACUUAAUUUGCUGUUUUUAAUAUGUACGUCCUCAUUUCGAUCUUUAUCGGCCUGGGGCUUCGGUGUCUGAACCACUUUAAUACGGCAGCUUACAGCUGAGUGGUCCUCCGUUAGUUCAAAGUGGAAUUUUGUGACGAUACGAUUGUGGGAGAAUAAACGGCGUCCAGAGAGCCUUUUUACAACUCACUGAUGCUGGCUGUGUCACAGCCGGUAUUUAAUUAAAGCGGUAUAUAGUCUAGCUGCACAUGUACACAUUUUUAAGAGAUCCAACUACUGAAUGUUAUACUGUAUAAUAAAGUCAAGGUCAUUGCAAGGUUGUGUUGGCAGAGAAGUGGCAAAAACAAAAUAAAGCAAAAAAAAAAAAAAAACAGCACGGUGCUUUAUGUAGUUGGUUAGGAGUAGUGAUCAUAGUGUUGCAUCUUCUGCAGUCUUUUAACUUUCUCUUGGAUUUGUAAUGAUCUCUUAAAAGAAUGUGUCUGCCUGCAUCUUCUGCUUCUCUUUGUGUUUUUCCCCCCAUAUAUCUUUGUGAGCAAGCUGUGGUGAAUAAAGGUUUGGGGUCCUGUGAAUGAG